AUGAAUAGCAAUUACUUUAAUGAAUAGCGAGCCAAUUAAGAAGAUUUUGAGAUUUAGGAAGAAUCUCUUAUUAAAAAUCUAUCUGAAGAGUCAAAUUUGAUAACUUAUUGUAAAACUAACGAUAAGGCUAGUGUUAAAUCUCAAUUGCCAAUUAAAUCUGGAGUUUUAGCCAAUCACACUGAUGAUCCAUCUCUAAUAGAUAGAUAAUUGUCCUAAGAAGAUUAGGCAGAUUUGGAAAGCUCAAUGAGUGAAUAAAGCACUUUAAUUAAUUAGAAUGAUCAGGGAAUAGUCAGUCCUUCACGUGUGCUAACCCAGGAUGAAGAGCGUCAAAGAAAAUCGAUUUGUGAACUUAGAAUGCAAGUGUUCGUGUUUGUAAUGAUAUUGCUUGGAGACACUAAGAAUUGUGGCAUUCCACUAAAGUCGUGGCUAUUAGUUUCUUUCUUAAUUUAACUACUCUAAAGAGGUUCCUAAUUAGGAAUUGAAUACAUUGAUAAUCAUCAUAGCAGCUAAAGAUGGAUUUUAUACAGAGCUUCGGUCAAAGUUAUUUCACUAGUGGUAAUUGAAGCUAUUAAUUGCGCUUGGCUUAUCUAUGGAAAUAUUUUAUAUUACUCCAGUGACAAUAAUUGUAAUACUGACAGUCCAUUACUUAUUUAUUUAAUGUUUGGCACUCUUCUUCUAGGCUAUGUUCAUUUUAUCCUCUAUGCUUUAGUCCUUAUCAUACUUUUUGCUUUGAUGAUUUUCAAAAAAAGAUAGCAAGGAUAGAAACAACAAGGAGCUAUACAAAUAUUGAAAAAUCUAACUAGAACCAAAUUCAGCUCAAUGUUUACUAAUAAUGAGGAGUGUGUGAUUUGCUGGGGCACUUUUGAAAAAGAUUCCGAUAUUGUCAAACUUACUUGCAAUGAUAAGCACUAUUUCCACUCAGAAUGUAUCGAGAAUUGGAUUAAAUAGGGAAAUAAUUCUUGUCCAUUAUGCAGAGAACCUAUCAAUAGAGAUGUCAAAAUUUGA